AUAUUCGCAGUAGCUUGGAAACUUGAUUUGCUAAAGCUAAAAGGGAAGAGGAAAGAAAUCAGUUGCUACAUCUGUACACGCAUUAGUCUAAUAAUAUCAUCAUCUGGACAGUGUUCGAGUAUAAUUAAAGCAUGUCGUUCGAGGAGGAAUUUAAUAAAAGAUUUAAGAAUCUUUAUCCAGAGAAACAAUUAAAUUUAUCUGCAUAUGUAAAGGAAGAUUUACCGGGAGAUUCAAUGGAAGAUUCAACGGAAGUGCAAUACGUCGAAAGAACAAUGUAUAAAAUGAAAAAGGAGCAAAUUUCUGAUAAAGAAGUUGAGAAUAUCUCUACCGAGAAUGCAGCACCUCCACCAGUUUUAUAUAAGGUUACUAAAAAAGAAGUUGAGAAUAUCUCUACCGAGAACGCACCGAAAAAGGAUCAGACAGUAUCUCCACCAUUUUUACCUUCGUAUACCAAGAGCUAUUGUCAAACACAUAUUGAAUCGACUACACUUGAACAUACAUGGAAAAUUGAUCAAUUUAUACAUUUUUCUAAGAUCAAAAAUAUGAUAACGUUUCCGUCGUUUCCAGAAAUAGGUCAAUGCGAGAUUCUAAUGAGUAUUUCACGUCAAAAUAGUUCGCGGAUAAAUGCAAUAAAAUGUUAUAUACUUACUAAUAAUUCAUUUGGUGGUUCAUGUACCACUACGAUAACGUACGAGACAAAUGCGCCGAGACAAUUCAGACAAUAUUUGUCAUCAAACUUUAUUUCAGGUCAUAUAUCCAAUAUGACAUUGUUAAUUGAGUUCUCAGAGAGGUUUUCGUUUAAUCCAACAGAUGCGCUUAUAGUACAUUGCAAGUUUGAAAUUUUUCAUAAUCUGAUAAAUAAAACUAUACGUAUGAAUUUACUGCCUUCGACAGAAGUUUCAAAAGACGUGAUAUGUUCUGAAGAUUCGACUUUUGAUGAGUUUCGGUCCAGAGAUGAGGACUCAAUUAAAUUUAUAGUAGGAAAAGAACAAUAUGUUCUAUUAAAAAAAUCGUUGUGCGCCACCAAUAGUAGUUACUUUAAGAAUAUCUGCCUUACACAUAAGGAAAAAGAAAAAAAUAUGACAAAUGAAUUAGUAACAGAUAAUGAGAUACAAACUUUUAAGCAGAUUUUAAUAUACAUUUUAACUGGCUCAAUAGAACAAUGUGAUUAUAAUAUGUUUAAAGAUAUAUUAAUAGCAGCUCAUACGUAUGAUGUACCAACUUUAAAAUUAAUGUGCGAAAAUUAUUUGCUACGCAAUAUUAUGAUUGAAAAUGCUGUGGAACUUCUACUGUUUGCAUUGUCGGUGAAUGCAAAAUUUUUGGAAACACAUUCGGCGACUUUUAUUAAAUUUCACAUAAAAGAAAUUAUGGACACUGAAACAUUUAAAAGUCUAUCGCGAGAAGAUUCAAAUAAGAUAAUGGAAUUGAUUAAGAAAAAUAAAUUUGAAGUCAGCACACAUAAAUUUUUGUCACCACUUACGACAGAUGAGAUAUUUACAUUGGCUAACAAUUCAGAUAAUAUAGAGUGACAUGAAAAGACGUAUUAAUUUCGUCUUAAUGACGUCUCUAACGUCAUUAAGACGUCUUUAGACGUCAUCUUGCUACCUGGGGAUUGAUUUGUAUAUGAUUGCAGUCUUAAGUAUAAAAUCAUAGAACAUUAUAUAUUUUUCUUAUUUAAUUGAGUAAACAUGUUUUCUUAUCUACCAAUACAGUUCAGUUUUAAGUUUUAUACAGAGUUGUUUGUUCAAAGAGCGACCAUUAAUUACAUGGCGCUAUUCUUUGUCAAAAACUGAGUCGAGAAAUUCUGAACCAUUUUUAUUCUAUGAUGCUCAAUACAGCAGUAAUUAUUAAGUAAAGUCAAUCUAAUCGGUGCCGUUUUUUAGCCUGACAUACGCUCGCCGGGCGUACGCCCAGUUAAAGGAUGGAGCUGAUUGAAAAAGAAUUGACUUUAUUCAAUAUAAUUAUUACUGUAUUGUGCAUUAUAGAAAAAAAAAUGAUUUCGGAUUUUUCGACUUAAUUUUUCAUAAGAAAUAGCGUUAUCUGUAAUUAACUGCCGUUCUUUAAGAAACAGCCUGUAUAUGUAAGAAUUUAUGUGCAAAUGAGUAUUAAUACAAAUUGAAAAUAGUUUUGAUUUGAGUUUAAAUGUACGAAUAAAACUAUUAUUAAUUAUACUUAAUGUAGUUUAGUUGUAAGUUUUUCAAGUCUACAGGUUGAAAAAGAAAUAAGAAUCCUUACAUCUAUGUUAUCUAUAUAUUAAUGUUUUAGUUCAGUACUUGUACAUUACAUAUCUUAUUAAAAAUUUCCAAUCGUUCUUUUAAAUCAUCCUGUGUACAUGUAUAGUACAGUGUUAGAAUCUUUAGCAACUAUCUUUUUCAACGAACAAAUUAUUUUUCAUAAAUUU